AUGUCGGGCGGGCCCCCCAAGGGCCUGCCGUCCACCGGGCCCCACUCCCUGCUCGACAUGCCGCACCCGCUGGCCGGCUCCAGCAGCGAGGAGGCCGUGGGCGGCGACAGCACGCCCAGCCCGGACCUGCUGAUGGCCCGCAGCUUCGGCGACAAGGAUCUCAUUUUGCCCAACGGUGGUACUCCAGCAGGUACUUCGAGUCCAGCUUCUUCAUCUUCCCUUCUCAACAGACUUCAGCUUGAUGAUGACAUCGAUGGCGAGACCAGAGAUCUCUUUGUCACAGUUGACGACCCCAAGAAGCAUGUCUGUACGAUGGAGACCUACAUUACGUAUAGGAUCACCACCAAAAGUACGCGGGUGGAGUUUGACCUGCCAGAAUAUUCUGUUCGUCGAAGGUACCAGGAUUUUGACUGGCUGAGGAACAAACUGGAGGAAUCCCAGCCUACUCAUCUCAUUCCCCCGCUCCCUGAGAAGUUUGUGGUGAAAGGUGUUGUAGAUCGUUUUUCAGAAGAGUUUGUGGAGACCAGAAGAAAAGCUUUGGAUAAAUUCCUAAAAAGAAUUACAGAUCAUCCUGUGCUCUCUUUCAAUGAGCACUUUAAUGUUUUCCUUACUGCUAAGGACCUGAAUGUCUACAAGAAGCAAGGGAUGGCGCUGCUGACCAGAGUGGGCGAGUCUGUCAAGCAUGUCACUGGAGGCUACAAGCUGAGGAGUCGACCUCUUGAGUUUGCAGCUGUCGGCGACUACUUAGAUACAUUUGCGCUCAAACUGGGAACCAUUGACCGAAUAGCCCAGAGGAUCAUUAAGGAAGAAAUAGAGUACCUUGUAGAGCUGCGAGAAUAUGGGCCUGUGUACUCCACGUGGAGUGCAUUAGAGGGGGGGCUGGCUGAGCCACUGGAGGGUGUGUCAGCUUGCAUUGGCAGCUGCUCGACGGCCUUGGAAGAGCUGACCGAUGACAUGACAGAAGACUUCCUACCUGUGCUCAGGGAAUAUAUUUUAUACUCUGACUCUAUGAAGAGUGUACUGAAGAAGAGGGACCAAGUGCAAGCAGAGUAUGAAGCCAAACUGGAAGCUGUGGCUCUGAGGAAGGAAGACCGCCCCAAGGUGCCAGCAGACGUUGAGAAGUGUCAGGAUCGGAUGGAGUGUUUCAACGCCGAUCUGAAAGCCGACAUGGAGAGAUGGCAGAACAACAAGAGGCAGGACUUCCGGCAGCUGCUCAUGGGAAUGGCCGACAAGAACAUCCAGUAUUAUGAGAAGUGCCUCAUGGCGUGGGAGUCGAUCAUUCCACUACUGCAGGAGAAACAAGAGGCCAAGUAAGUCCCCUCCUGGGACAGAGACUCUCCUGCCUACACAGGGCAUGGUGUACCGGAACGCCCCUGUCGUGCAGAGAGACGGCACUGAGAAGCAUCUCUCCUUUGUGUAUUUCUUUCCCUGCCCGCCCCUCACCCCCUUCGUCCGCCCGCCGGUGGUUUUCCAUUAGUUUCUAUUCCUUAGUGGAGUCCGCAAGGCUAUCAUCAUCUCUCCACGAAACAGCAUUCCUCCGUGGCACGAAGGAACCUACGAAAUGGAACACUAAGAAGAUUUGCAGCCGAGGGACGAGACGACCCAGCUGACAUUCUGACAUUGCAUUACGGUUUCCUGUUUGCGGGAACCGCAGAGUUGCCUGUGGUGGAAGAGAGCCCGGGUUUUGCUUUUCAAGGACACGAGGAAGGCACGGACAGGAGGCAGCCCCUGUUGUCCGUGGACACGUGGUGACUACGGAACGGACCUCCAUGGGGCAGUGACUUGUCUCGGCCUAGAAGGAGGUGUUGGUACCUCCGUGGAAAGCCCUUAACUAACGUACGGUGGCCUGUAGCUGUGUGUGCGGCCCGCCGCCUGCUUGUGAUGAGCGACAGCUGUCU